UUAGACCAAGGAGCACUUGGAUUAGGUCGUGGCUCGCGGGAUUAUUACCUCAAUACAACCAUGUUUUCUAAACAGUUGGAUGCAUACAAGAAGUAUCAGCUUGAUGUAAUCAAAUUACUGCUGAAUGAUGCUAAUGUUACCUAUGAUUUAUCACAGCUAGUCAUUGAUCUCAACAAUCUUAUCUACUUUGAAACGGAAUUUGCUGAG